UAGAGAAAAGAUUAUUUUAUUAGAAACAUCUUUACAAUUGCGAUAAUACUUAGGUAGUCUUAAAAGGUUCGGUCAUGAGUAGAUCAGCAUACAAUUAGCAUAUUAUAAGAUGCUUUUUUAGCCGAGUGGUUGGAAUCCGCUGCUACAAAGCAAAACCAUGCUGAAGGUGCCUGGGUUUGAUUCCCGGUCAGUCCAGGAUUUUUUCGUAAUGGAAAUUUCUUGACUUUCCUGGGCAUUUAGUAUCAUCGAACCUGCUACACUUUGAGAGUAUAAUUUGUACUGUGCUUCCAAAAGUUCACCGACUGUCUGGCCGUGAAAUCAUUGAUUACUACUCAAAACCAUAAUGCUCAAUCACAGUUUGAAGCUCAUAUCCCGAAAACAAUGACUAUGAUUAUCUUCACGCAACAAAAACGCCGAAGAAAAUGCUGACCAACGGAAACGGAUUUAAACCUUUCCCAGAGGUAAUCAUUCGACAAGUUUUAGCAUAUCCUUCCCAUGUAAACCAUCCAUUGCACGAUGACAGUCAUACCGGGUCUAGUCGAGUUUGGCAGUCUGGAGCAAGUUUAUCCCUUGGUAAUCACCCUACUCAAACGACUCGGAGCCUGGGGAAGUCGUCGCCGCCUAUUUGGAUUGUACGGUUUCUUCCUGUGUCAUUUCUUUCUACGCCUACUACCUUCUGUCCUUUAUCUGGACGCAGGGGAUAUUCAUUCACUGGUUCGCCAUCUUGGAGAGAUCGUGUUCAUCUCAUUGCUCUAUCCGGUGUUCAUCGUGUAUGUUUGGAAACUGCCGAAGCUGAUGCUGCUUAUUAAGAUCCUUCAACGAUCGUUUGCCGAAUGUAAUUAUUGUUAUUCAUUGAUGUAUUUUGCAAUACAAAUUCUUUUGUGCACACAGAUUGUGGCCCUAAUCAACACCCAGUCUAUCGGGAGACCAUCGUCAAGACGAAUCGGUUCAUAAGGAACAUCUGCCGGUUCUAUUUCGCUUACACUGGGUUGAACAUUCCCGUGUACAUUAUCAUGCCCCCUGCGCUAACAUUCUACAAGUAUUUCACGUGGAGCAAUUCAACUGAGCCGUUCUACUUCAACUUUCCCAAUGAACUUCCGUACAUGGACCACUUCAACAUGGGCCACUACAUCGUCGUCCAAUCGCUGAUUGCACCCAUCUUCUUCUGCAGUGCCCUAUUCUUGGCCAUGAAAUCGAUGGUGUACUACAGUCUGAUAAAGUACGUAUCACUUAUGUUCAAACUGGUUAUUAAACGCAUCGAACUGCUGGACAAUUCUGUUACAAUCGGCGGAGGGUCCCGUUUGGAGUACGCCGUAGACGAUGUAAUUAGAGCCCACUAUCUUGCGUUGCGGUAAGUGACUUGCUAGCAGUAAAUUAGUUUUGAAAUGUUUGCAAUUAUGAACGAUUAUAGGUGUGCGCAGUUACUAGAGGAAUUGAUCAGCCCGAUUCUCCUGGCUCAAUUUUUGGGAUGUGUCAUCGUGUGGUGUUUACUACUGUUCUACAUUACAUUGGUGAGAAUUACUGAUCCUCACAGUUGAGGUUAAUCCUGGAUAUUCCAGGACGAUCUUCUUUUGCUAGAAAUGCUAUAACUUGGUGACUUGCUUAUAUUUUUCAAACUACUCUGAAAUUAUGAUCUCCAAGAUCAACACCAAAGUUAUUUAUCCAUAUCUCUGUGAAUGCACGUCUAAUUAAAAUUUUCUCUGGUUCAUUUGAAAGGCAUUCAGUUGAUCUUACUUUGUUGGUAUUUCGAUAGAAACAUUUAUUUAUUUAUUUAUUUAUUUUUCAAUAUAUUAUGAGUUAUCGUGCAAAAAUUUGGGGUCACCUGAGACGCUGAAUUUUGACAAAAUGACUCACGGUGCCUUUUCAGG